GCCGUGCCCCCUUCUUGGGGGCACGGCACGGCACGCCCCGUGCCGCACGGCACGGGGCGGCACUGCUAUCCUUGCUCUCACCCGUCCAUCAUUGCCUAAUUUAUUAAAUCACAAGCAACAUGUUACUAAACACAUUGGUCUAAUGCCAUGCUUCCAAGCCACAAAACAUCCGAUUCCACCAUGCAUCAUUGCUAAUAUGUUAAUUACAUCGGAAUCCAUAUCAGGAGCCAUAUACACUAGUAAUUGAGUAAAGGCAGUUACUUAAGCCAAAAAGGAUUUGAGAAGCUCACCUCUGCAGGCUCGAAGAUGAUGAAUAAUAGUAAGUAUUUGGAGCGCAGUUAAGAAAGUUAAGUGUUACGCAAGCCUCAAUAGUUCUCGAGAAUAGUUUGCAUCUUAGCACAGAGACAUAUAUAUAAGGGGAAGAAGGCAACUUACUUGUUUUAGGUGGAAGGAGGUAAAUAAUAAUAAUGGAGGGACUUGACAAGUCGAUGCAAUUGCAAUAUUUGGAGAUGUAAAAACUUGCAACCGAAGCAAUCGCCUCAAUUAAUUACAGGGAACUGAGCUUUAGCCAAACUGUUCUUGAGAAGGAGAGACUGCUGGAAAUCUAAGCUCUCCAAUUAAUAGAGGAUUUGGAGAAGAGAAGAAGAUCGACGAGGCCUCCAAGGUGACUUGACAAUGCGCAACAACAGCACCCAAGGAGGGUCUAAUUUGCACUUGAGGGAGAUCACCUCAAUUUAUUGAAGAUCUGCAAAGUGAAUCGUGGAUCGCCCAGCUAUUGAUGAGAAGGGGUGGCAAGUAGAGAAAAAUCCCUCGCAGUAAAUACUAGAUUUCAGAUGGAGAUGAAGGGUAGGUCGAAUAUGGAGUUAAUAUGAAAGAGAAUAAAAUCAGCGGCGGGGAAGAAGAUGGUAUAAAGAAGAGGUGGGAUUAGGUGAGAGAAUGGAGUAAUGAGGGAGGUUGAAGAGGGAGGUUAAGGAGGAAGAACAAGUCUCUGGUAAAAGACGAAGUUGAAGAAGAAAUAGUGAGGUAGCUGGGCAAAAAGUAAAAGGGUGUUAGUUAUGAGGCCCUUGAACCGAGAGCCUUUUGCUUUGUUUAAUAUAAAUAAAAUAAUCUAUUACUUACCCCUGCCCCUGAUAAACCCCAUGAAAAAAUCCUAUUCUAGGGGUGGCGAAGUAUAAACUUAAUGGGUUAUUCCAUUAAAAAUAGGAAUAACCCGCUUUGACCAGAAUAAAAUAUUCCUAUCAAAUUUUUUUUUGUUUGGUAGAAUAAUAAGAAUAAACAGAUUUAUACCCUAGUUAUCCUCUUUCCAAACACAGCCUAAGGAGGCGCUGGUGUGGACCACUAGCUAUCUCAACGACAUGUCGUGAUAUCCCCAUGCUGCAUAAAGAAGCAAAAGUUUCUAAUUGGAUCUUCUGUUUUCCAUGCUUACUUUUGUUUCUACUUGAAACGUUCUAUGCUUGAACAUAUAUCUGUGUGCAGACUGGUGAUGAGAUCACAAGAUGGGAGAGAGCUCAGAUCUUUCAGAUUUGAGGACGAAGCCCCUGGGCAAGAAGUGCGGGCAGUAGAAAGGAGAGUUCUUCUGGAGACUCUAGCCGGGAAAUUACCUCCAAACACAAUAUCCUUUUCUUCACGAUUGAGAUCGAUUGCAUGGCAAGGGAAAGAUGGUACUCUUCUGGAACUAGAUGAUGGUCGCCAAGUACUUGCUAAGAUUGUGAUUGGCUGUGAUGGUGUCAACUCACCAAUAGCAAAGUGGAUGGGGUUUCCCGAGCCUAAGUAUGUGGGACACUGUGCUUUUCGUGGUCUUGGGCAAUAUCCUGAAGGCCAACCAUAUGAGUCAAAGGUGAACUACAUCUAUGGAAGGGGCCUCCGUGCAGGCUUUGUUCCGGUUUCUCCUACUAAAGUUUAUUGGUUCAUCUGCUUCAACAGCCAAUCUCCAGGACCGAGAACAACUGAUCCAUCAGCCCUCAAGAAAGAGGCCUUGGAUCUUGUUCAAACCUGGCCGCAGGAGCUCCUCGACAUCAUGCGCAACACCCCCGAUGACACCGUCGUCAAGACCCCGCUUGUCGACCGCUGGCUCUGGCCAGGCCUCAGCCCGCCGCCAGUUGCAGCAGCUUUGAACGGCAGUAGCAGUGCGGUGGCGGUGGUAGUCGGGGAUGCGUGGCACCCCAUGACGCCCAACCUCGGCCAGGGCGCGUGCUGCGCUCUAGAAGAUGCCGUUGUCCUUGCUGGAAAGCUUGCACCGGCACUAACAGGCAGCAGAGGAGCAGUGGUGGCAGCACUGGGGGAGUAUGCGCAGGAGCGUUGGGCGAGGGUGUUUCCCUUAACGGCGCGCGCCAGCCUUGUCGGAUCUUUGCUGCAGUGGGAGGAUCCAAUAGUGUGUGCUUUUAGGAAUGAGGUAAUGAUUCCCAGGUUAGUUCGAUUGGGGCCAUUCCUGGAGCACACAAACUUUGAGUGUGAGCUGUUGGAGCCCAUUGCGUCCAAUUGAAGCCACGGAUAAUUUCAUAUUCAAGGGAGGUAAAGAUGAACACACACUAUUUGAGUUAUAACCCAUUUUUAAGAUGAUGAAUACUCGAACUUUCAAAUUUGGUACCCAUAGUUUUCGUAAUUGUGAAUUCAGUGACCCUCCAUCCUCUCCAUCAGGUACUGCAGGGGCGAUUUGGUUGGUUCUACUUGCAAGCACCAAGCAAAAUACUAUGUAAUCAUCAAUAUGUACAGCAGAAGAUGCAACACUUGUAUUUAAAGUCUUGUUUCGAUGUCAGAAUAAGGCAUCUAAGAAUAAUUUAUUGAAUACAAAAGAUUUUCUUGUAUGAUUGGAUGCUAGAAAUUUGACUUCAAAUUUUGGUAUCCGUAUCUUUGUUGGAUUUA